UAACGUAAUGGGAGAUUAGUUUGGACAAUCACAAUACGUCUGUUAAAAGUCUUUAACAUUUGGUCUCGGCUCGUAAAACAUUACCCUGAGCUACAGUUUUAAUCGUUCCCUCAUAUGCGGUUAGCUCUCCGAUUCCCAUCAUCCUGACACAACGCUGCAGACAUGGUGGAGCCAACGUCACACACGUUUGCAUCCCUAGCAGAGGAGCUGGGCUUCUGGAAGGAGCAGUCAGAGGCUCAUCAGCAGAGGGCUGAUGAGGCUCAGGAGGAGCUGCAGGAGUUCCAGCAGAUGAGCCGAGAGUACGAAGCGGAACUGGAAACGGAGCUGAAGCAGUGUGAGGGGCGAAACAAAGAGCUGCUUUUAAACAACAACCGACUACGCGUUGAACUGGAAAACAUCAAGGAGAAAUUUGAGGCUCAGCAUUCUGACGCUUUUCGGCAUAUCUCUACCCUGGAGGAAAAUCUGGCACAAACCACAGCAGUGAGAGAUCACCUGCAGAAAUACAUCAGAGAGCUGGAGCAGUCCAACGAUGACCUGGAGAGGACCAAAAGGGCUACCAUCAUGUCUCUGGAGGACUUUGAGCAGCGAAUGAACCAUGUCAUUGAGAGGAAUGCCUUUCUCGAAAGCGAGUUGGAUGAGAAAGAGAACCUGCUCGAGUCCGUUCAGAGGUUAAAGGAUGAAUCCAGAGACCUUCGCCAGGAGCUGGCUGUCCGUCAGAAGGAGAGACGUCCGUCCAGCAGCCUCGGCAAAGACGCGGCAGAUCUCCCACCCAUCCCCGUCACGCCCUCCAAACCCAUCAGCUCUUUUGCCACGCCCCCUCCUUCCAGUAUCCGACGAGGCGAUGGCCUAACAGGAACUCCACUCACGACGUCUGCUAGAAUAUCUGCACUCAACAUUGUGGGGGAGCUGCUGCGAAAAGUUGGAAAUCUGGAGUCAAAGUUGGCGUCCUGUCGAGACUUUGUCUACGACACGUCUGUCAGCAGAGCGGCCCUUCCAGCCGGCCCUGGUAGUCCCUGUAGUCCUGGUUUAGACCGAGGCUCUGAGCUCCAAGCCAGCAGCAUGAGCCCCCCCCCUCAGUACGAAAGUUUAGUGAAACGGUUAGAGUUUGGACCGGCUCCUCCGAGAGGCGUCUCCCAGGGUGCUCAGUCGCCUCAGGGUGGGGUCAAGAUUCUGCUAUGAGAGAGAGAGGGAGGGAGAGAGAGAAAGAGAAAAAAAGACGACAACCCACCUUCCCUCGUUCAGUAACCUGACACGACCCCGGUCGCCAACGGGGACUUUGAGCCGAGCGGUCUUCCCUUCUGCCUCGCUGAACUCUUUUUGAACAUGGAAGCCGCUCGCUCUCCUCGGCCCACCUCAUCAGCGCAUGGACUUCUGCAGCCUCAGGCUAGUACCACACCAUUUCUAUCAGAGGAGGCCGCGGGGGGGGAACAGAACUGCAGCUCACACGGUCCUCCAUCAUCGACACUGUGGUGGGGAGCAUUUUUAAAACAAAGUUGUGUAUCUUCUGAUUUUCUUUCCGUGGUGGAUCAACAGAACUGAUGACGCAGUACUCAAAAAAAGAAAAAACACACAUUUCGGGUGGUAGCUUGUUCUUGUCCACUGACAAUGCAAUAGGGAGCUGAGUAGGAGGCACUGGACACGACCCUGAUGAAGGGACCGAGAACCUGAAGCAUCAUUUAUAAUAAAAAAUAAAAAAAGGUUUAGAUUGUACAAAUAUAUUGUUUGUCGAAACCAAAGCUUUAAAAAAAAUGGAGAAGAAAAAAACGGAUUAAAGUAAUAAAUGAUUUAUAAAUAACGAAUCUGAUUUAAAUAUAACAUGGUGAAACUUUAAUUAUUUUUGUUUUGAUAUUCUUUAAGCGAAGGGCUCGCAUAAUGUAGCCAUGAGCGACGUCAACAUUAGUUAACUCUGUUGUUGAAAUAUUUUCCCCUUAGCCGAGCCCCCCCAAUAUUUGUUUUCCAGCACACGGAUUAAAUUUUUUCGCCCCGCUACAAAAACUUUAGUCUCUGCCAGGAUCUGGUGUUCAUAUAUUAGCCAUCGCUGCCUCCAUCAAUGUCGUCACCUCUUCAGUCAGUCGGCCCCACAACGUCACGUCAGGUGAGUUUAUUAUCACAUUAAAGUUUCACCCACGACCGUUGACUUGUUUUAGCUGACUCUUUAUUAUUAUUAUUAUCUGGUAGUCAAAACUGAUGAACAUAAAGAACAGGAAGGCGUGAGAUGCUCAUUUGUCAAACAGGUUUAUGAUGUAGUGUUACCCAUAACUUUUAUGAAUGAAGUUUAUUGUAGGAGUUUAGAUGGGCACAUUGUUCACUGCUGAAUGUAUCGUAAUAAAAUCGGUGUGAGACCUGUCUGCCGUCGAGUUAUACGGUGGUGCCAAUGUGGAUACCAAGCAAUAAUAGAUUUUAACAGGUCGGAGAGAAGCACAGUUCAUAGUAUAUUUUUGUCGGUGUAUAUAUAGAGCGUAUAUUAAAUACUCUUUUCCUGCCUUUUUAGCAAGAGAUAUUAUGAAACGGGGAAAUAAGACUGAUUUAAUGUGACAUGUUUUGUUUUUCCCUGAAAAGUUUCUGGUUCAUCUGGUGCAGUCGCGACUGGCAUCCAGCGGCUCAUUCAUCGCAUAUUCCAUAUUCCAGUACAUAUUGUGGUUUAAUACAUAUGACAACUGGAUAUCCUGCUCCCCGUAGCCGUUUAACUCCUUAACAUGAGCUCGCUGUAACUAACCCACCACUACCUCCACCUGUGCGCUGGGUGUUUGUGUACAGCAGCACCUCGGCUACCGCUUCUGUAUUUGGACUGAACUGUAUGUGCCUGAGGUACUGGACCCACUUUUUAAUCCUGCUGGUUUGCAGUUGUUUUUUCUAUUGAACUGAAGAGAUGAGGAAGUUCUGCUCAUCUUUUGAAGUUCCUGACCGAGACUGAGAAAUAUUAAAAAGGAGAAAACCAA